AGAUGUGAAACUAAAAGCUGUUUCCUCAUUUUUACACAGGAUUAGGUAAGGAUCUGGUGUGAGAGAUGGCGUCUACAACGUACGUAGAGGAACUAACCUGUUCUGUGUGUCUCUCUCUCUUCACUGAUCCAGUCAGCCUCUCCUGUGGUCACUCAUUUUGUCGACAAUGUUUUACAAACUUUCGGAGAACACAGAAUCUGUGUCCUCAUUGCCGGGCUAGAAUCUCAACAGCUGAGGGAAAUCUCUCAACCAAUCACAUUCUGAAGAGCUUGGCCGACAAAGCUAAAGAGGAAGCAAUACGCGACGAGAAGACAAGGGGGACUGAGUGGUUGUGUCCAGACCAUGACGAGAAACUGAAACUAUUCUGUGAGACAGACCAACAGUUGGUUUGCGUCAUAUGCCGGGACGGGGAGAAGCAUGACGGGCAUAAGUUUAAACCUAUCAAAGAGGCAGCCUCAGCUAGGAGGAGGGAAUUAGAUGAGGCCAUUCAGUUCCACACUAGUGACAACAGCUCCGUGGAGCACCUGGCCAAACAACAGGAAAAAGAGAUGACAAAAACCAAGACUAAGUCCUGUCAGCUGAGGACUCAAAUCAGCAGCCAGUUUGAAGAGAUGCACCAGUUUCUGAAGAAGAGGGAAGAUCAGAUAAAGAAUGAGUUGCAGGAGAAAGAAGAGAAGACCUUGACGAAGAUGAGAGGGAAUUUAGAGAGUAUGGAGUUGAUACUGUCAGAGAGGAAAGAGAAGGAGGUGAUGAUGAAAUCUGCUCAGGACAUCCCAGACAGCGAGGGUUUCCUGCAGUGGUGGAAUGAACGGAGCUGGUCUGAGGUGGAGGCACUAAAGAACAGGGACAUGCCACCGCCAGACCGUCAUGGGGAGGACACGACUGAAACGCAAGGAGCCACCAAGGAGCGUCAAACAAGUCCAGGGUGGAUGACCUAAAGGUGACACCUGUCUCCCUCUCUUUGGGGCCCUAUGAGUCUCACCUGCAGUUCUUUGUGUGGAAGGAGAUGCUGCAGGUAAUCAAUCCUCUACCAGAGAGACUAACACUACAAACAGUGAGUCAGAAACUGACUAUCUCCAAUGACAGACGCAGUGCGUUUUGUACUCCCAGAAAUGUGGAAUCAGCUCAUUCAGCUCGACAUCAAUCACAACAAUCAAAAUUACUGAGUAACAGUAAGUUCAGCACUGGACAACACUGCUGGGAAAUAGAAGUGGGAAGUGGGGCUUUCUGGGAACUGGGAGUUAAAAGAAAUUUGGGGUUUUUUUGGUUCAAACUUUUUGGUUCAAAAACAAUGUGUCUCAGGUAUAGAAAUCAAAAAUAUACUGUUCAUGGUAUGGGUACCGAAAAACAAAUCCUUUUAAGAGAUACACCUCGAAAGAUAGCUCUAUACCUAAGUUGUGCAACCAAGGAACUCUCUUUCUACAAUGCAGAUGACAUGUCGCUUAUCUAUACUCUAGUCUGUUAUUGGGAAGACGUGUCAGCCUAUUUCAACAUUGGUGAAUGUGAUGGAGUAGAUUCUGACCCCCUGACAGUCUGCUGGUAUUGAUCUGCUUAUCAUAGACCCCCUGACAGUCUGGUAUGGAUCUGCUUAUCAUAGACCCCCUGACAGUCUGCUGGUAUUGAUCUGCUUAUCAUAGAUCCCCUGACAGUCUGGUAUUGAUCUGCUUAUCAUAGACCCCCUGACAGUCUGCUGGUAUUGAUCUGCUUAUCAUAGACCCCCUGACAGUCUGGUAUGGAUCUGCUUAUCAUAGACCCCCUGACAGUCUGGUAUUGAUCUGCUUAUCAUAGACUACAUGACAAUCUGUUGGUAUUGAUCUGCUUAUCAUAGACCCCCUGACAGUCUGGUAUUGAUCUGCUUAUCAUAGACCCCCUGACAGUCUGGUAUGGAUCUGCUUAUCAUAGAUCCCCUGACAGUCUGGUAUUGAUCUGCUUAUCAUAGAUCCCCUGACAGUCUGGUAUUGAUCUGCUUAUCAUAGAUCCCCUGACAGUCUGCUGGUAUUGAUCUGCUUAUCAUAGAUCCCCUGACAGUCUGCUGGUAUUGAUCUGCUUAUCAUAGACUCCCUGACAGUAUGCUGGUAUUGAUCUGCUUAUCAUAGACUCCCUGACAGUAUGCUGGUAUUGAUCUGCUUAUCAUAGACCCCCUAACAGUCUGGUAUUGAUCUGCUUAUCAUAGACCCCCUGACAGUCUGGUAUUGAUCUGCUUAUCAUAGACUACCUGACAAUCUGCUGGUAAUGAUCUGCUUAUCAUAGAUCCCCUAACAGUUUGGUAUUGAUCUGCUUAUCAUAGACCCCCUGACAGUCUGGUAUUGAUCUGCUUAUCAUAGAUCCCCUGACAGUCUGGUAUUGAUCUGCUUAUCAUAGACCCCCUGACAAUCUGGUAUUGAUCUGCUUAUCAUAGACCCCCUGACAGUCUGGUAUUGAUCUGCUUAUCAUAGACCCCCUGACAGUCUGGUAUGGAUCUGUUUAUCAUAGAUCCCCUGACAAUCUGGUAUGGAUCUGUUCUGAUUUGAAAUGUUUUGCAUGUCAGCCGUCAAGCUGUCAAGAUUUUGGACUUUCAAGAAGCAACAUGUCUCCAGCCACAUGUAACUGGUAAUAUAAUAUAAUAACCAGCCACUAUCCUAGCUAGGGGGUGUAACUCGUAAUAUAAUAUAAUGACCAGCCACUAUCCUAGCUAGGGGGUGUAACUCGUAAUAUAAUAUAAUAACCAGCCCCUAUCCUAGCUAGGGGGUGUAACUCAUAAUAUAAUAUAAUAACCAGCCACUAUCCUAGCUAGGGAGUGUAACUCAUAAUAUAAUAUAAUAACCAGCCACUAUCCUAGCUAGGGGGUGUAACUCAUAAUAUAAUAUAAUAACCAGCCACUAUCCUAGCUAGGGGGUGUUACUCAUAAUAUAAUAUAAUAAACAGCCACUAUCCUAGCUAGGGGUGUAACUCGUAAUAUAAUAUAAUAACCAGCCACUAUCCUAGCUAGGGGGUGUAACUCGUAAUAUAAUAUAAUAACCAGCCACUAUCCUAGCUAGGGGGUGUAACUCGUAAUAUAAUAUAAUAACCAGCCCCUAUCCUAGCUAGGGGGUGUAACUCAUAAUAUAAUAUAAUAACCAGCCACUAUCCUAGCUAGGGGGUGUAACUCAUAAUAUAAUAUAAUAACCAGCCACUAUCCUAGCUAGGGAGUGUAACUCAUAAUAUAAUAUAAUAACCAGCCACUAUCCUAGCUAGGGGGUGUUACUCAUAAUAUAAUAUAAUAACCAGCCACUAUCCUCGCUAGGGAGUGUAACUCAUAAUAUAAUAUAAUAACCAGCCACUAUCCUAGCUAGGGAGUGUAACUCAUAAUAUAAUAUAAUAACCAGCCACUAUCCUAGCUAGGGGGUGUUACUCAUAAUAUAAUAUAAUAACCAGCCACUAUCCUAGCUAGGGAGUGUAACUCGUAAUAUAUAAACUAGUAUGCAGACUACUAUUACUGAUACCAGCUUCUAUCCUCUCAUCAUGCAGACUACUUGAUAGUGGAAUUUCUAAAUUCCUAUAUGUUUUAUAGCCAAAAUCAAUUUCACACUCUCUCUAAGUCAUUAAUGAGGUGUAAGUUCAUUAAUUAUGCAUGAAGUAGAUCGAGACCAGUCUUAAAAGCCAGGUAAGAGCGUUUAAUUCCAGAGAGUACUCUUCACAUACACAUAUUUCCACAGGUUAUAAACUGAAAAUGACGUCAGAGUUUUCUAAACGUUCUAUCUAUUUCACAAGUAGAGGGGCCCUCUAGCUCUCGAGCCUUCGCGUUAUCAGCACAGAGUCAAGGCCAGUCAGUAUAAAUCAACAUUCUAGACAGCCUGGAGAUGGGCCGUUCCUACCACCUGGAGAUUGUACAAAUGUAUGAACUAAGGAACAGACCUUCAUUGUUACUAAACUCCUGACUACAUUAUAUACAAUUGGGAAAGGGAGCAAGAGAGAAAAUUCACAUGUACAGUACAUUAUAGCAUUUGGACUAGUCAGUUCUGAUUG